AUGGCGGCAUCUACGUCGCGACCUCUGGAAUACCUUGAGGGUCUCCCCGGGACGACCUUCAAUAAGCUGUACCAGCAGCCAUCCACCGCCCUCGCCAUCUUCCGGCGCAUGCUUCCUGAUCUGGCAAAAUGUUUCGUCAUGGCCCUUCUUUACUUGAAGGACCCUCUUCCUAUGGCUGAUCUCGAGCUUUGGGUCAACGCUGAGAGUCGAAAACAACGGGAUAAUGCUAUUUCGAUCCUGGGCAGACUGCACAUUCUGCAAUCGAAAUUGAGCGACGAAAAAGUCCGCACCUAUGUCGUCACCGAUCCCUUCGCUACCUCCCUCCGCCAAGCUCUUACGGGCUCCGCCGAUACCUUAUCCUUCGGUGUUCUCUCCAACACACCCGAUGAAUAUAAGAUCUCGAUCGAUUUUCUAGAUGACUAUGCGCGACGGCAAUGGGAAGCAGUUCUGGGAUAUAUGGUUGGAACAAGUGCCUUUGAGCAACGGGGACCGAGAGACGGAGCCAGCUUGAGCGAAGGCGUGAAGCAGCUGCUUCAAGCUGGCCAUCUUGUUGAACUCCGCGGUCGCAGUGUGGAUAUCACCAAAGACGGCUUCGGAUUUGUGCUGCAGGACGUAAACACCCAGGUCUGGCAUAUCUUGAUCCUCUACGUCCAAACGGCCGAGGCCAUUGGCAUGGAUAGCGUCGAGGUUCUUUCCUUCCUAUUCUUGCUGAGCAGCUUGGAGCUUGGUCGAUCUUAUGAGAAGAAGCAUCUCACACCCGACCAAGUUCGCACCCUGAGUGGUCUCGCCGACUUUGGCAUCGUCUACCAGGAAUCGCCCGAGGCCACCCAGUUUUAUCCCACUCGCCUUGCGACCACACUCACCUCGGACUCAAGUGCUCUGAGCAACCCCGUCACUGGGUCCAUGGGACCUGCAGGCCAGCCUGGUAGCUCAGGCUCCGGGUUCAUCAUCAUCGAAACCAACUACCGCCUCUACGCAUAUACAUCAUCACCACUCCAGAUCUCCCUCAUCUCACUAUUCACAAAUCUCAAGUACCGUUUCCCUAACUUGGUCACCGGUAAGGUUACUAGACAGUCCGUCCGCCGAGCCAUCGAGAUGGGCAUCACAGCCGAUCAGAUUAUUUCGUAUCUGCUCACUCACGCGCACCCCCAAAUGCGCAAGCACAAUGCCGGGCACUCCACCUCCAACACGGGAGGUGUCCCUCCGUCUGUCUUACCACCCACCGUCACAGAUCAAAUCCGGCUGUGGCAACUUGAGCGAGACCGCCUGCGCGCUACAGCAGGUUUCCUCUUCAAGGACUUCACCAACUUCGCCGAAUACCAAGCCCCAUGCCAGUAUGCUGCGGAAGUCGGCGUCCUAGUCUGGAAAUCAGACCGGAAACGCAUGUUCUUCGUCACCAGGCACGAGCAAGUCGCAGCUUUCUUGAAAAACAGAAAAUAG